AUGAAAGGUGGUGGUGAAAUUGGGCUGGGAAGAAGAAGAAGAAGAUCAAUUGGGACCGUGGGAGUAGUAGUACUACUAAUAUUGAUGAUGUUGAUGGCCACAGAGAUGGGGGGUGUUGUGGUAAUUACGGCAUGUCCUUCCUACGACAACGGCAGCGGUUGCAGCAAAUGCCUCGCAAACAGGUUCAAGAACAGCUGCCCUGCCUGCGUCCCCAUCAUGAGGUGCAUGGCAAGGUGUUUAUGGCGUGGCACUUCCCGCAACCUGUGUGUCAAGAAAUGCGACUGUAAUUCUGAUUACCCUAAGCUCCUUGAUUGCAAGAAAUGCCUCUCCCAAUGCAAGUGCUCUUGUUCUUCUGCUUAA